GUGUAUAGCUCUAUAGUGUACAUGUGAAGUCUAGGGGUCCGUGUAUACCUCUAUAGUGUACAUGUGAAGUCUAGGGGUCCUGUGUAUACCUCUAUAGUGUACAUGUGAAGUCUAGGGGUCCGUGUAUACCUCUAUAGUGUACAUGUGAAGUCUAGGGGUCCGUGUAUACCUCUAUAGUGUACAUGUGUAGUCUAGGGGUCCGUGUAUACCUCUAUAGUGUACAUGUGUAGUCUAGGGGUCCGUGUAUACCUCUAUAGUGUACAUGUGUAGUCUAGGGGUCUGUAUAUACCUCCUUAGAGUAUAUGUGUAGUCUAGGUGUCUGUAUAUACCUCUAUAGUGUGCAUGUGUAGUCUAGGGGUCUGUAUAUACCUAUAGUGUACAUGUGAAGUCUAGGGGUCCGAAUAUACCUCUGUAGUGUACAUGUGAAGUCUAGGGGCCUGUAUAUACAUUUAUAGAGUACAUGUGAAGUCUAGGGGUCCCUGUAUACAUCCAUAGGGUACAUGUGAAGUCUAGGGGUCUGUAUAUACACCUAUAUAGUACAUGUGAAGUCUUGGGGGGGGCGUAUAUACAUCCCUAACAUACAUACUAUAGGGAUCAGCACUUAAGGCACAAACAUUUCCUGUGUAAAAGUCACAGGGAAGGAUUUGCAUGUUCACAGAUUUUUCGUGUGCACUAUGUGUACCUACACAAAUCUGUAGUCUGAGGCGUAGAAAGUCCCCCCCCCCCCCCCCCAUACAAAUCACAGGGUAUACACUCAGCCGUACAAUGAUCCAGGUUUGCCCGUCCCCUGUCACCCGGGCCGCUGUCUUGAAGCGGGUGGCUGCCUUGGCGUUGGCAGCCUAUGGAGCCCGCCGGCUGUACCCCAUCUUGAGACAUCUCUGCCUUCACUCCUCUCAGAAACAUAAAGAUUCAAAUGGACUCCAAAAAGGUAAAGAAGCGUCGUCUUCUUCCACGCCCCAAGCCGUGUAUGAGAAAACUGCGGUCAACAAGGUGUUUUUCCGUAGACUGAUCCGUCUACUUCGGCUUCUUUUCCCGAAGUUGGCCUGCAAAGAGUUUGGGUUGCUGGUGUUGCACUCGGCAGCCCUCAUCUCUAGGACUUUCCUCUCGGUAUAUGUGGCCCAGCUGGACGGACGAUUGGCCCGAUGUAUCGUGAAGAAGCAGCCGGCCAGUUUUGCAUAUCAGCUGCUCAAAUGGUUGCUGAUCGCCCUACCCGCCACCUUCGUCAACAGCGUCAUACGUUACCUGGAGGGUCAGCUUUGUUUGGCGUUCCGUACCCGUUUGGUGUCCCAUGCUUACAAGUUGUACUUUGGAAACCAGACUUACUACCGGGUCAGCAACAUGGACGGGCGGUUGCGGAACCCCGACCAGUCUUUGACGGAAGAUGUGGUGGCCUUCGCCACCUCCGUGGCCCAUCUCUACUCCAACCUGACUAAACCUGUGUUGGACGUAAUCGUGACCACUUACACAUUGAUCAAUACGGCCAAAUCUAAGGGAGCAGGUACCAGGUGGCCAUCUGCCAUUGCAGGACUAGUGGUUGUCAUUACAGCUAAAGUGUUGAGGAGCUGCUCGCCAAAGUUUGGGAAGCUUGUGGCAGAAGAAGCGAAAAGGAAAGGAGAGCUGCGGUAUAUGCACUCAAGAGUGGUGGCCAACUCCGAAGAGAUUGCCUUCUAUGGAGGUCAUAAGGUGGAGUUAUCCCUUCUGCAGCAAUGCUACAAGGACUUGUCCUCGCAGAUUAACCUCAUUCUGUGGGAGAGGCUGUGGUAUGUGAUGCUGGAGCAGUUUCUCAUGAAGUACGUGUGGAGCGCGUCUGGCCUUGUCAUGGUGGCAGUGCCCAUCAUCACCGCCAUUGGAUAUUCUGAGAGCGACUCAGAGGAAGUGAAGAAGGCAGCGAUGGAGAAGAAAGAAGAGGAACUAAUAAGUGAACGCGCCGAAGCCUUCACCACCGCAAGGAAUCUGCUGACUGCUACGGCUGACGCAACAGAGAGAGUGAUGUCUUCUUACAAAGAGGUGACGGAACUGGCCGGUUACACGGCACGAGUUCACGAGAUGUUCGAGGUCUUUGAGGAUGUACAGAAUGGCGUCUACAAGCGUCUCGGAGAAUCUGAAGGAGUCAAUCCCAACGAAAGAAACAUGAUUCAGCAUGGGAUUCGAAUUGAAGGUCCGCUGGAGAUAAAAGGAAAAGUUGUGGAUGUGGAGAACGGCAUCAUAUGUGAGGAUAUUCCCAUUGUCACCCCAACAGGCGAUGUGGUCGUUGCCAGACUCAAUAUUCGGGUAGAAGAGGGGAUGCACCUUCUCAUCACUGGACCCAAUGGCUGCGGGAAAAGCUCCCUGUUUCGCAUAUUGGGAGGUCUGUGGCCUGCAUAUAGCGGCGUGCUGUACAAGCCUCCUCCGCAGCACAUGUUUUACAUACCACAGAGGCCUUACAUGUCUGUGGGCACCCUCCGAGAUCAGGUUAUUUACCCUGACACAGCCAGUGACAUGAAGGUGAAAGGCUUCACCGACAAGGACCUGGAAGCCAUCCUGAAUAUCGUCAAUCUGAACUAUCUGGUGCCGCGAGAGGGAGGCUGGGACUCUGUGAGUGACUGGAAAGACGUUCUCUCCGGGGGAGAGAAGCAACGCGUUGGAAUGGCGCGCAUGUUUUACCACAAACCCAAGUACGCCCUCCUGGACGAGUGCACCAGCGCCGUCAGCAUUGACGUAGAAGGCAAGAUCUUCCUAGCGGCAAAGGAUGCCGGGAUCGCCCUGCUGUCCAUCACCCACCGACCUUCUCUGUGGAAGUACCACACUCACUUGCUGCAGUUCGACGGCGAAGGAGGCUGGAAGUUUGAGAAGCUGGACACGGCCGCUCGCCUCUCGCUCACCGAGGAGAAGCAAAGGCUGGAGCAGCAGCUGGCCGGCAUGCCGAAAAUGCAGCAGCGGCUCGGCGAACUGUGCCAGAUCCUGGGAGAAGAUUCGGAGGUGUCCGGCGGCGAAGACGGACAGAAAGCUGAGCAGCCCGAGUAAGGACAUUCCUGCGCAGGGUCGGCAGCCAUCACUGCGCAGGCUGUCAAGGUGUGUCCAGCCCGCAGCCUCACCAGUACCUGCAGGGUAGCCCCUAUUACCCACUCCCACCUUUCAGCCAUUAUUUUUUUUAUUUCUAUGAUUUUUAUUUUAUUUUUUUUAAAGAUAAAUUUUUGCUAGGAUAUAGCAAACCACAAUAACGCAGAUAAUCAUGCACUUUAUAGCCCCCCCCGACACCGAAUGUGGUGCCAAGUUUAGGUAGGAGUCCUUUCUGUCCUCCGAAACAUAUUGAGGGUUUAGUCCAGAAAAUGUGAAUUAAAUUUGGGGGGGUUUGAAUACUUUUGCCCUACCCUUGCCUUCCUUGAUGCGUCCCGCACAGGUACCUCCAAAGGGAGUAUAGACGACUUGUGCUGUGCCAUGUGGCAGUACCUGUGCGGGACGACUUCUAUUGCAAAAGUAUUCAGCCCCUAAAAACUCUUGCUCCUCCUAUGCAGAUUAGCAAGAGAGUCCAAACCCACCUCAUGACCCAGACUCUCUUUGGACGCCCAUGUCAAUUUGGGGUUAAAAUGGCAAUUUUAUGGUAAAUUUCACCUUCUGAUUACACAUAAUUGGUGCCCGCCUAAUCGAUGGCACUGCUCCAUGACCAUGAUACAGAUAAUUGGUGCCCGCCUCAUCAAUGGCGCUGCACCUUAACUAUCAUUCCUUUAUUUAUCGCCGUAGCCAUAGUGCAGGGUUUAAAUGGAAAAACAUGCCAGUUUCAAGAUCUCUGCUUGCUGUCAUCACAUGGAAGCAUUCUGGCUAUAUUAGAAGUACACAUCCUGUACGGCCCUGAAGAUUUUCCGCGCAGAGUAGACAGACCUCCUAUGAGGUGAACGCAUCAGCAAGAAUGCAAAUCUGCCUCCUCUGCUGAGGGUUUGCUCCAGUGUGUCAGUGCAGCUUGGUAAACCCUCAGCCUUCCAGUUCCUUGGUUCCAGAUUUCUCACAGCUAAGAGGGCGAAGAGCUGUUCUUUACGCAGGGAUUGCAUCCUAGGGUCACGUAAUGCAUGUGCCACCCAAUGCAAGCCCACGUGCGGGUGUUCUCCCCCCCCCCCCCCCAUGCCUUAGAGGGAAGCUAACACUAGAUCAUUGCCACUAAGAAAACAUAGACAUUGCUGUAAUGCCUCCAUUUGACCACAAACUCAUAGGUGGAGCUGUGGAGUCCUAGUCUUUACCACUUUAAUCCAGGCAAUAAGCACACUUCGUUUUAUCUACUUUCUUUGAAGGGCGUGUCCUUUUGCACAGCCAGGUAAUUGCACUAAUCCAUCUAAAUGAAGCAACGUUGCCAAUAGUCCUAAUUGAUAAACUAGCCUACCGUUUUGUGUAUACAGCUCCUAUGCAGACCAAUGUGCCUUUUACAGGAACAUAUUGCAUUGCUUAUGAUGUACGGAUCCAAAGGUUCGUUCUGUGUUAUAGUGCAGGGCUGCCUUCACAAGUCUGAAGACGCUAGAGCUCACAUCUCCCAGCAUUUCUUGCAUGUUCAGUGUCUGCACAAGACCUGAUUAGAUAAAUGUCCAGCUGAACUGAUGAGGACCUCCAGCUCUCUGCCGUCGGGAGAUGAGGAUCAGGCAGUGGAAUGUCGGCAUGCCUGAUCCUUUUGUUCUCGGGGACAUAAGCCACUGUCAGAGGGAGUGGCUCUUUCCCCUUUAGCCAAGCAUGCAUGUGUAUGGGGGAGCCAGCCAAACGAGCUGGGGAGGCCUUGCUCUCUCCCUGCAUUAUGGGAGCACAAACAAGCUGUUAGGGCUGUGUCCGACAACAAGCUCGUUGACUGUUUACCAGUAGCAACCAGCAGAAUUGUGAAUGCAGCUCUGGAGUUUAAUACAGGCUAUAACUCCGCUUCAGUACAGGAUAAGUAAUGUAAGUAUACAGUGACUCCACCAGCAGAACAGUGAGUGCAGCUCUGGAGUAUUAUAUGGAUAAGUAAUGUAACGUAUGUACACAGUGACGGCACCAGCUGAAU